AUGAAUUGCAAGACAGCCGACUCGAGCAGUUUGAUUUGUAGCGAGUCUGUUGCGAGCGAGUUGAAUUCAUUGCAGUCCAUGCCAGAUAAGCAAGCGCUGCAGGACUCUGCUCAGCAGACAUUGUUCACACUGCACAAGAAACAGCGCAGCACACUGCCAGCAGAGCUCAUUACUGCCAUUCUGCAACGGAUGGACUGCAAAACUCAAAUUCUAGCAGCAAUGAUGGUGAACAAGGCUUGGGCUAGUGCUGGCUUGUCGUUGCUAUGGAAACGGACCCAAUGCAGUGCUGAUGAAUGGGAUUCAUUGCGGCUUCUGUUUCAGCGACCGAAACGACUUUAUCAGGAUUACCGACACGAUAUCCGACUCUUGAAUAUCUACUGUCCUAUACAGCCAUGGACGGGUGGAGAUCUGCGGCUAUCCAGUCUAAGAACAACUGUUGCUGGCUGCAUAUCUCUUACCAGUCUGCAUAUUCACAUUCCUUCAUUCAAUGAUGACGACUGCUGGAUCUUGUCAAAGGCUUGUCCGCAACUCACUUCCAUUUCAUUUGUUUCGGGUGUUCAACCUGCCGGGUGUAUUACCGAUGAGGGGUUGGUUGCACUUGCACAAAACUGUAAGCAGCUAAAGCAUAUCUGCAUCAAGAGCAUGCUGGACAGCGUGUUUAGUGAAAGAGGAAUCUCAGCCUUGGCACAAUACACCAAAGGUCGAUUGACUACGUUCGGAUUAGAGUUGUGUAGUGGAUCUAUGGGGUUAGAUGCCAUGCGUCCAACAAUUUCUGCAGAUAGUUCUAGAUCUUCACAUCGAUCGCUAUCUGGAUCGCUAUCUGGAUCGCUAUCUGGAUCUCUACCACUAUCUCGUUCAUCAUCGCCUGUUGUUUCCGAUGUGUCUGUGGACGCGACGGGAUCUGCCUUGCACUUCAUCAGCAUACAUACCCCUACAAUAAACCGUGUGCCUGUAUCAACAUCCAUACCCUUAUCCAUGUCUUCAUCUUCAUCUGCAUCUUCCAUGUCAUCGCGCUCAUCAUCUCCGAUUGCUUCCCAGUCCAACAACGGCAUUACUUUAUCUUCCAUGUAUGACUCGGAAGCCCGUCACAAACGGUUCGGUGAUGCACUUCGACAGUUAGUCGUUAGCAGUCCAGAUAUACAUACACUACGGUUGGAUUGGCCUGUAGCAAUGGACGAAAUGCUUGCACAAGCGGCACAGUCACUUCGGCAUUUGAAAUGCUUGACCAUUGGUAAUUCUCGCGACUUUUCCAGUAUCGCUUUGCUAAUACGGGCCAAUCCAUACUUGAAAUCUCUUGCACUUAUUGAUGUGACUUUUCCAGAGGGUGCCCUUCCUGUUAUUUUGCAACCAUUGGUUUCGCACCAUUUUGGUUUGCCCAGUCAUGGCGAUAUGCUUUCCCAACUCACAUCCAGUCCACAAAUCACCCAUCAAAUAGAUGUGGAUGACAACAUGUACAACUACACUCAAAAUCGUCUAUAUAACCAUGGAAAUUCAAGCUACAACAGUGCUCACUCGACUACUACGACAGAAUUUUCUGCAUUGGGUCUGAUCUCGCUUGUGUUGGAUGGAAUAGGCUUUUUGACAGAACUUGUUUCUAUAGCUUCUCAAUUUCAUUCUUUAACUACGCUAAAACUAGCACCAAGUCGACGCACAGCAUCUAUAGCUGAUGCAACCACAGCACAUAUCCAUGAUCUCGCGAUUGCAUGCCCUAACCUCACUACACUUCAUAUUCCCAUUAGUACCGAUCAUCAUCUUGUCACAUUUGCACAAUCAUGUCCGAACCUUGUUGAUGUAGAUAUGAUGGAUGGCAAUGGGGUGUCAAACCAAGCACUUGUGGUAUUGGUAAAGAUGUGCUCAGGAUUGAUGAGAUUACGUGUUGGUGCAGGAAGAGAUGUGACCGAUUUGGGAUUAGAGAUGGUUGCCAAAGUGUGUAAUACAAGAUUAACUCAUCUAGCAUUCCCAUUUUCUGGUGGAAUCAGAAUUGGUGUAAAGUCUGUCGAAGCUGUUGCCAUGUAUUGUUCUGGGUUGAAAUCGUUGGAUCAUGUCCCUGUUGGCGUUGGCGUGGAUGUGCUGGUGAGCUUACUACCUAAAUUAACAAGGCUGAGAUCAUUGGGCAUCAAUGUAUCGGGUAGAGGAAAUCGUGGCGGUGAACUGGGUGGAAAUCCAAUCCAUACUGGGCUGAGAUUGCCCUUGUCUAAAAUGGAUCAAGAUCGCAUCAAGCAGGCUUGCAAGAAUCUCAAGCAGAUUACCUGUCAUGGAUAG